AUUUGCUUUAUGGUGAUAUGUCAAAUUCCAAACUAAAACUUGUCUGGGACAAUUUCGUGUUGGUUCUUAUUAUAUCUUUUUUCUUAAUAAAUAUUUACAGUAUCCCUUGUAGUAAAUGUAGUUCUUGCGUGAAAUUUAUAUGUGAUUUGUUUAAAGUGCCAAAUUGAUGUCUCGUUAUUAUUGGUAUUAUGAAUCAGGUUGAUCAAAAUAUAAACAAAGAUAUGUUUGAUUCUGAUCUGAUCGACGUGGAAUCUUUGGAUUAUUCCGAUGAUCAGACUUGGUUGUACACAGUCCCCAACGACUCUGGCCAGAAUGUUGACAUUGUGGACUGGAACUUAUCCUGCGACUGGCCAGUCAAUGAGGACAGUGAAUAUCUUAAGUUGGAGAAAACUCUAUACACUGUGCUCGACAACAUACUUAAAAAUGAAGUCCUCUCGAUGCCAGACAAACACAAGUUCGACUCACGAACAUAUGUUAAGCCAAAGAAACGAACGCAUCGACCGAGCAUUCAGAACAUAGUAGAAGCAUCCACUCCAUCUAUGUCACCUAUCCCAUCACUGAACACAAUACACCAGUCUAACCAAUCAGCGAAUAAAUAUCUGACGUACAACAAAUACAAUAAUCCGCUGGGACCUAUCAGUCCUAUGUUGAGGUUGAAAACGUUCAAUGUGGAUACGAACACGGAGAACAGUCAUGCAGUUAAAGAGUAUGCGAUGAAAAGGAGGAGUUUGGUGCACGAUGAUGAUCCUCAGCUGGAAGACUUAGACGUGACCCUCGCAUCGGAGGUGUCGGGCCGGUCGUCGAUGGACCACGCGCCGUCCAAGCCGAUCAACAUCGACCUCUCGCAGCCCGCACACAACCUACAUAACACCUUCAACAAGGGUCUAACAAACAUGUUGAACGAGCGUCCGAGUCUGAACAUGUACCAGAGCGGCGAGUCACUCAUGCGCAUGUCCCCGCCCAGCCUCGUCUCCUCGCUCCUCAUGGAAAGCUCUGGAACCUUCAACGCUGAGUCUAUUGAUAGCCGUAAAUCUAUGCCUUCCCAUAAAGAUUCAGGUCUUCCAAUGUCAGGGCGCGACAGCAUCGACCCGAUGAUGACGAGCAUGACGCUCAGCAUCCUCGACGAGAAGGACAUGAGCACCAGCUUCCUCUCCCAAACCACGUACCCUGACAACGACAGCCUCAUCGACUCCCUUCCACCCAGCCUCGUCAGCUCCGUCAACUCUUCGUACGUCAUCUCCAACACCUCCAAACCUAAAGACAGCACAGACUCCAACAUCUUCAGCUCAGCAACCUUCACACACCUCGAACAAUCAGAAAAACUCCUCUCGGCCCGACCUCGGUGCCAACUCUACAACAGCUUCACGAAACGAGAAUCCGGCAUACGAAACUCCGAAAGCUACACAAAAUCCCGCGAAGAAGCGUGCCAAAUUGACACGGGCAAAAUUCUAAACGAAAACACGGAUAAGAAAGACUCGCCCAAAACUAUACCCAAACCUAACCCAGAAAUGGCUGAAACGAUCACCUUACACUACUCUAAUAAUAGGUUUAGACGGGACAAUGACGCUGAGAAAGAAAACUUUGAAACUGACGACGCAUUUUACAAGGACAUGGGGAUGCAGAGGCCCGAGGACAUUGGUCGGAGUAGUUUGAACGUGACCUUGGGGAAGCAGGAGUUGAAUGAGAUCAUUCAGGCUCGCCAGAAGCUGUCACUAGCGAGGAAGGCGUUGCCCACGGAACCAGAGAAGGUCGCACCUCCUCAAGUGGACACUUCCCCUAUCAAAACCAUUCAGUUACCGAACCAAACUAUAACGGUACCUCGGCAAAGUAUGGAGAACGCUUCAGAGCUGCUGUCAAGGCGGAGAGCGCUAAACGGCAAUGGUUUCGAUAGACAAGAGGAACCACCGACUAGGGAAACUCCCAAAAGGAAUGCUACGUUUAAGAAACUAUCACCUAAAGCUAGCGCUAUGGACACAACGGUUGUUUACGUGAAGGCAGACGAUAAUCAGAUUAUAGAUAUUAAUUCAGCAACGCUUAAUUUAAUAGAUGUCGGUGAGAGGACCUUGCAGCAGGAUAUUCGGGAGUGGGGAUCACAAGAGCGAGCGAUGGUUGGUUCGAGUGAGAGCACAGACACGGGCACCUUCAGCUCGUCCAGUCCACCUGACAGUGUCCCUGAUCAUGUGCCCACACACGAUACACGCCCACAAAUCGCAUCGACACCGCUCAUGUCACUAAGGAAGGGAUCCAAAAAUGACUUGAUGAACCUCCAUAAUACAAUAUCUCCUAUAUACGAUAUGAUUGAUGACAAAUCAUCAUAUACGGUGACUAAAGUACCAAGUUCGACUCCCAGUAGUGAUAUGCACAAUACAACAGUUAUUAAUAGUGCUACGUUGGUUAAGAAGUCUGUGAAAAGGGAUAUUAUGGCGGGGAAGGCUAGUCCAGAGAAGAAAAUGUUCGCUCCUAGUGUUAUGCCCAAACCUACUAGGACAAUGCCUUAUGCUGCUUCAUAUGGUUCUAUGGUUCCCCCUGCCGGCGUACCGAGGAAAACAAGCUUGCCUACGUCAAAGUUAAGACAAUACAGUUCACAUAGGGAACUUAGCAGGAUACCUGGCGGGCAGAUCCCAGCAGCAACUUCAGGUCUAGCUCGUGGUGCGCUAGGCGGGCGGGGUAUCACGCGGCGCGCGGUGUACGCGUCAAACCCGGCGCUCAGUCCCACCGCCAGCGCACCACCGGACCAUCCCCUGCCCACCGAGUCUUAUACCAUCGCUACACACCACAAAUUAGAAGAUAAAACAGCCUCUAAAACCGAGAUCCCUCCCACGCCAGCGUUAGUCCGACAAGGGACUGAGACUCUAAGAAGAGAGAGGCCGCAAAGCCAGUUGGUGGCUCCGAGAGACCUCCGUGCGACUGCGGGCAGUGGCGUGCCUGUCUCCAUGCGCAACCAUCACUUACCUCCGCCUGCAAGUCGGCCGUACUCGAUAGCGACGACGGCUCCCCUUCGCGUCGGCGUCGCACGACCUACCUCCGGCCCUAUACCUAAGCAGAAUCCUGUAGUAGAGCAGCCUCGGCCAGUGUCGAGUGCGGGGGCGGCGCCGGAGGCGCGCGUGUCGGCGCUGCCGCGGCCCUCGCGCCUGCCCGCGCCGCGACGGGCGCUGCGACCUCCAUCAGUAUACUCCGUGGCUCCCACAGCGGACGUCGACCAUUACUGACAUUUAGCUUGCUGCGCCAACCUGCUGGGCCGGCGACCCUAGCGUUAACUAAAUUAUAUAAUCUAUGGCACGAACCAUGGCCAGAUACUUCGCGGUGGGGUUAACUGCUCUCAUUAUUUCUCACUUCAUUUCAAUAUAAAUAGUGAGAAAAUACACUACGCCCGAAAUCGGUAGGGGCCUACCACGAAAUUUCUGGCCAUGAUUCCUGCCGGGGACUAUACAAGUAACAUGACUGAUCCACUCAAAACAUGGUGUCUUUCUAACUUUUUGUACUAGACAUAAAAUUUUUGGCUUUUCUAACAAUUUUUCGGUAAAUUUUAUUACCCAAGUAUUAGUCACUGAUAUCCUUAUUAAUUGUAGUGUUGACCAAUUUAAUGAACGAGUAAAUUGAGUAACCUUGGCACGUAUCGCGGAGACAAUAAUUUGUUGAUACUAUUCGGAGAUUGACAUGUUAUUUUAUAUUCUGUAAAUUCAUCUCAAUUUCACUAGUUUCUCAUGACCAUUUCAUUUUUUGAAUGUUGUGAUACAAUUCCGUGAGUUUCCUUUAUUUGUACACAUAUUGUAUUCAAAUUCCGGCAUUCAAAAUUUUACACGUGAAAAUUUUGCUAAUGUCUUUCAAUGGAGGUGCGAAAUUACCUUUUCAGACGAUGAAAAGAUUGACAUUUUCAACCUCUGCUUAUCUGUAAGUAUCAUUUCUCAUCAAUCAAUGCUCUCUCGCGCCAUCUCAUUGUCGAUGAAGCUCAAAAUUGUAAAAUUUCUAUCUAAAUCAUGAUUUGGUACAAAGACAUACAAAUUAAGAUAUUAUUCCUAUAUUAUUAUUUACAAAGUUAGUGAGUAGUGUAUCAAAUGUUGGUUUAGUAAUUUAUUUCAUAGUAAGAGUUUUGCAUUUUGUUUCAACUAGAGAUUGUAUUCAUAUAGGGACAUGUAAUUUAAUCACGCUUUAGAUAUAAAAUUAUAUUAUGUACUAUUUAAUGUAACGCUCCUUUGUAUACUAAUAUAGAAAGUUGUAUACACGGCACAUUUGACACAGACAUAGAUAUUUUUAAAUAAAAAUGUAAACAAACAAAAAUAUAUCGAAAUUUUGCGCCUUUUAUCUCACACUCACGUUGAAGCACAAAUCUUAUGUAUAUUUAUAUAAAUACUCUGUUGUAAAUUGUGUAAAUUUCAGUGUUAUACUGUACUGUUAUAGGUAAAUAAAUGUUAUGAAUCCUCUGCUUCCUAUCACUUGUAUAUCAAUCAAUUAAAUAUAACAUAUCGGUGUUAAGGAACUUGUAUAUCCGACGUCUGUUCGUCCUUGUUUCAGAUGCUUUAUAUUGUGUUAUUUUGUUGAACAAAGUUAGCGUCUAAAUGUCUAUACAGCGAUGUUGUCCGCCCAAAUUACAGUAUUUGUGUAACCAGCAAUAAAUGAUAGCGCAGUGGCAUUAUAAUUGUAUAUUUUGUAAGCAUGUAUAUGUACAGGAUUGUUUGUUUUUGUGUCUAUGUGCAUAUUGUGCUGAACCUUUGUUCCCCGCUGUCGUGAGGACGCGCUGAGUGCGGGCGCCAGCCUCGCGGUUGUUAGAACACGUCGUGCCUUAUUUAGGUAGUGUAAGGGAUUUUGUUUUCAUUUUCUAAUAAAACUAUGUAUUUAAUGAAA